GAAACCGGGGCGGCGCUUGUUUGCCCCGCUCCUCUGCCGCCGUACGACGCCGUGAAGGACGCCGGAGCUCCUGGGGGUCUCGGAGCGCCUGCCACCGCUCGGAGAUAACGGCGAGGGGGAUCAGGGGAUCCCUCCGGUCCCGCCGAGGCAGUCUGCCCGCACCCCGUCUCCAGCGGCGCUCGGCGGCUGCCUCCCGGCAGCCCGGCUUCCUCUGCGAACCUUUUUGAGAUUGUGAACAUGAUGGAACGUGUGGAACGUGAGUAUAUGGAGAAGAUCAACCAUUACUGUCAAAAGAAUAAACGUAUACUGCAUUAUGCCGACAUCGGGAUGACUGGCCCAUCUCAUGAUCCUGAGUUCACAGUUAUGGUUAAAAUAGACAAUAUAGAAUAUGGUACAGGCACUGGUAAAAAUAAGAAGGAAGCAAAAGCAGCAGCAGCAAAAAAAACCUGGGAAAUGAUUGAGAAUGAGGCAGAGAGUCCUUCAACUAUGCAAGUUGCAGGAUUAAAUACAAGUCCAGUGACCUUAGCGCCUUCACCAGCCACUGACUAUGUCAGCCUACUAAAUACUUAUUCACAAAGGACGUCACAAAAAGUUGAUUAUCCUAAGAGAAACUGUCCUGGAGCCGCCCACGCUCCCAUGUUUUCUUUUAGCUGUACAAUUAGUGGUGUUUUGUAUGGAAUUGGUACUGGACCUUCUGUACCUGCUGCAAGACAAGCUGCUGCAAAACAAGCACUUGAGAAUCUAAAUCGCGAAGGUUCUCUAACAAUGGAAAAUGAAAAAUCUAACAGCAUUUCUACAUUUAGUGAUCAUAGUAAUUCCUCUCAAGUGCCAACUCAGUCUGACUGCAACAGUAUUUGCUCUGAAGUCUCAGCUACAAAGUUGGAAGAAAAAAUGAAAGACAUGGCAGUAUGUGAAAAGCCUUCACCUUCUCAGAGAAACGCAGAAAGUUCUGCCCUGAAACCCAAAAGAAAAUUGGCAGUUAAUUUUGAUAAUGCAAGAAACAAGGAAGAGAAAAAAAAGAUGGCAGAGUCAGAUGAAAGUUUCACAGAUGUGGGCACAAAUACCAGUGGGGAGAAUCAAAGUCUAUACACCGUGAAUGAAAGAUUUCUUGAGAGUUUUGAAAAUAUAGAGCCCAUUGGCGACGGUGGUUUUGGGAACGUUUUCAAAGCAACAGGAAGGCUUGAUAAGAGAACCUAUGCAGUCAAACGAGUUAGGUUCACAAAGAAUGUACUGCGUGAAGUAGAAGGACUGGCAAAACUUCAGCAUGAAAACAUAGUGCGGUAUUUUUGGAGCUGGGAAGGGUAUGACCAUGUAAUUGAUCCAUACACAAGGCAGAUGUCAGACCAAAAAAUUCACUGUCUUUUCAUCCAAAUGGAAUUAUGUGAACAAGGGCCACUGGAUAACUGGAUUGAAAAGAAUAGACAAAAUCAAAAGUAUCACAAGAUGGCACAAAACAUAUUUUUACAAAUAGUGAAAGGAGUGAAAUAUAUCCAUUCUGAAGGGUUAAUUCAUCGAGACCUCAAGCCUCAGAAUAUAUUCAUAUCGCAUGAAGAGAAAAUAAAAAUAGGAGACUUUGGUCUUGUGACUUCUGUGGCAUACGGGACUCUGACUAGGAACAGAGGAACAGAAUCAUAUAUGGCACCAGAACAGUUUGGGGACAAAUACGGAAAGGAAGUAGAUAUUUAUGCACUGGGAUUAAUUUGGUUUGAAAUUCUUUCGGCAGUUAGUCGUCAUGAGAAAAGUAAGAUAUGGGAAGAUGUUAGAGAAGGUAAUCUUUCAAAGAGCUUCACCAACCGCUUUCCAACAGAGGCACCCAUAAUCAAAAAGAUGCUUUCAAAAGACCCUUCAGGAAGAUACUCUGCAUCUGAAAUACUUGACUUUUAUGAGUGUGCUCAGAAAGUCAACUCAUUUAAAACUCAUACUCGGUAAAUGCCCUUUAAGGCUUUC